UCAAAAUGGGCAACAAGCAAACCAUUUUCACUCAAGAGCAACUGGAUGCAUAUCAGGACUGCACAUUUUUCACAAGGAAAGAAAUUCUGAGGCUGUUUCACAGGUACCGAGACCUGGCCCCGCAGCUCGUUCCCCUUGACUACUCGGACAAACCAGCCGUGACACUCCCCUACGAGCUCAUCGGCAGCAUGCCAGAGCUCAAGGACAACCCAUUCCGCCAGCGGAUAGCAGAGGUGUUCUCAGAGCAUGGCGACGGCAACAUGACUUUGGAUGAUUUUUUGGACAUGUUUUCUGUGCUAAGUGAAAUGGCUCCCCGAGACCUGAAAGCUUAUUAUGCUUUUAAAAUUUAUGACUUCAACAAUGAUGAUUACAUAUGCAAAUCAGAUCUAGAGAAAACUGUUAACAAAUUAACCCGAAAUGAACUGACCCCAGAAGAAGUCAGCCUUGUGUGUGAGAAGGUGAUUUACGAGGCUGAUGUGGACAACGAUGGCAAGCUGUCCUUGGCAGACUUUCAGCAUAUGAUUGUACGAGCUCCAGAUUUCCUCAGCACCUUUCAUAUUCGAAUCUGAAUCUAGUCAACCACGGGGAUAGGAGCGCUUCUGGGGCUUUCAACAACUAUUACUUUACCUGAGAUUACCAGCCAUGAGAGCAC